CAUGCUUAUAUUUAACCCUCGUUCUAUUUCCAAAGCUAUGCGUCCAUCCAGUAUUUUGACCUUUGAACCGGGUUUGGAGGCUGGAGUGCCAUGGGGCCGUGAUCUUUUUACUUUUGUGACUUCAGCAGCUGGUCACAUGAUGAGGACUUUGCAAAGACCACGGAAAAACAAGCCAUCAAAACGACAAGUCAAUCAUCGCAGGUUUCUGCACAACAUGAUACAGAGAAAAUUUGCUGAAAUAGAGGCAGCGAACCAUCAGCUGGCGUCUGCUUUAUGUUCAACUGAUAACCCCCCCGAUCAUCUCACUCCCAGAUUAUCUCACAUUGUAACAGACCAGUCACCCAAACCUUCAAAAAAAGCUAUUGAAUCUUAUAUAAAUGCUGACAAAACUGAAGCGCUUCCUGAACAACAAGAGGAUGUGUGUGACCUCUGGACAUUGGACAGUCUUUUGGACACCCGUGUGGCUGAUAAAAGUUUCUCACCGUGCAAGUUCUCCAACAGUAGAAGAAUGAAUUCGAGAACUGAGACGGACGGCAAAGCUUUGGAAAACAUCCCUGCAAGCUCAAUGGAGAAGGACAUCGACUUCAGCUUCAGCUUCGAAAGGCAGCCAGCAUCUACUGAUUUAGAAAGCCUGACACAUAUGAACAACAGUCUCCUAGAGGACAGCGUGUCCUCCUGGUUUGGGUCCACUGAAAGAACAAGAUCAUAUUCAAAACCACGUCUCACCAAGUGCCAUGACGUGAAGUUGCUCCCCACAGAUGUUGAUGUUCAAGACCUGUCACCUCCUUCUCCAGUGAUUUCACUCUUGUCUUUGGAUUCAUGUGAUUUGGAGGUUCAGAUGCUUAUAGAUGCAGAGCACAAUGUGAACCAAAUGCAAGAUGCCACCAUCGGAGAGAGUCUCCAAAUGGAUAUGGUGGAUGACCUUGACCUACUGGAUUGUUCUGGUACUCAUAGAGAUCUGGCUAAAACGGCUGAGUGGAUGGAUCACAGUGAAGAGUUUCCAAGCUCUCUGGAUUCGGAUCUAGAGAAACUAACAGGUUCUGGUGGUGGGGCCAAUAACUCCAUGUCCAAUUUGGGCCAAACAGGUCAUGAAUGUUUUGCUAAUGUUCUCUGUAGUCAAGAGCCAUAUAGAUGUAGUUUCCAUCAUGAAGAAAUAAACUAUGCUAUGAACCACAAUAUGAUUCUAGAAGACUGGUUCGGUCAGGUUGAACCUUGCAUGAAGACGAUUGGAAAGGAGGAUGGUUAUUUAGAUACAGAUUUUUCUGUCAUGGAUGGUAAUCACAUGUUCCCAGUAUUUGAGAGACAGUUGGACCAAUGCAAAAGGAUUCUUUAUGAAAACUGGGAACAACAAUCUCUUAAAAGCUCAUACAAGAACUAUACAAGUCCAGAUCAGAUUAUGAUGCAAGGCACUGGUGUCAGAAAUGUUGACAAAAACACUGUGCAGGUUGAGAAUCUCAACCAGACUUUAUCAGGCCCCCAGUGCCCGAUAACAUGCUGCCUUGAAGGCUUUUGUUAUCAUAAAAAAGACUCUGGUUUUUACACAAAAUUCAGAGGCAGUCACAACUUUGAGGGCGUGGCUACAUCUUUCCCAGCCACACUGCAUAAGCUCCACCCCACUCCAAUUCCGACUCCGCCUCUAGAUGAUGAUUGGUUGUUUGGUAAUAUUGUGGCGGAGGAAGAGGUUAAUACCAUGAAUAAUACAUUUGGAAAGUACUGAUCAGUCACUGGACAGUAAUUGUAUGAACUGUAUUCAUGAAUUUCAUUGUUUGGUAAACUUUUGUGAUUUUUAUGAUAAUUUCUGUGAAAUGUUCAUGUCUGAGGUGUGAAAUAUUCAGUGUUUUCUGAAAUAAAAACUGUAUGAGUAUUGUGACAUAAUACAAAAAGAAAAAAAAGGAAAAAAAAUCCAAUAUUUUAAUGAAUCAAUUUACUUUUUAAAUUUAAACUGAUUUUAUUUAAAGAGCCAGUUCAGUGUUUUAUUAUCUUUGGUCCGAUAUGGUUGGGAAGGCUUAAAAAAAUGCUUUAAAAGUUAUUAAUAUAUUAUUGUAUUUUUGCAUUUAAGU